AUGUCUCGACCCCUUCGCAUCGCCGUCCUCGAGUGCGACACACCCAUCCAACCCGUCGUGGACAAGUUCGGCAACUAUGGAGCGAUCUUCGAACGACUCCUCACGAACGCUGCGGGGUCUACAGUGAACAUGGAAAUCAGCAAGUGGAAUGUUGUGGGGAAUCCGAUCUAUCCGAAUCCUAAUGAAGUGGAUGCUUUCCUUCUCAGUGGAAGCAAACAUGAUGCUUUUGCUGAUGAUAUCUGGAUCCUUACGUUGACGGAAUACGUCAGGGAUGUCGUGCAGGCACACAAGAAGCCUGUUGUCGGUGUAUGUUUCGGUCAUCAGAUCCUUGCUCGGGCGCUGGGUGCUCGUGUAGGACGUGGUGAGGGGUGGGAGGUCUCUGUUGAUGAGAUUACGCUCACCGAUGCCGGGAAGGAGGUGUUUGGAAGAGACAAGUUAUUCCUGCAUCAAAUGCACCGUGAUAUCGUCUUCGAGACUCCGGAAGGCUGCGUGAACCUUGGAUUCAGUGGUCCUUGCGGAGUUCAGGGUUUAUACAUGCCGAAACGGCUGAUCAGUAUUCAAGCUCAUCCGGAGUUUAACGAAUUCAUCAUGUCUAAACUCUUGACAGCUCGACAUGAUAGUGGAUUGUUUAAUGAUGAGUUAUAUGAGAGCGGAUGCAAACGAGUGGCGAAGGAGCAUGAUGGCGAGUUCCUUGCGCGGAGAUUUAUUCAGUUUAUUGUUGAGUCGAUCGCAUGA